CUUAUCCGUGAAGCUUUUAAAUUAAAUGUUUCAUGUGCGACGUUAAAGAUAAUAGUUGAAGUGGAUAAAAGCUCUCUGUGAUCAUACCCUAUAGGUAUCCAGAAUCAACAUGGAUGCGGCUCUAGCCGGAGAUGAUCUGGCAAGAACGUUGAGCGGUCGGCUGAGCGGGGCUUCCCCCAGCCGACGGAGCUGGGUGGGGUCCACCAGUUUCCGGGACGCAUGGAAUGCUUCAUCGAAUGUGUUCAACCAGAGUGGAAGAGAGAGUAAUGAUGACGAAGAGGAGCUGAAGUGGGCUGCAAUCGAACGGCUACCGACGUUCGAUCGGCUGAAGACAGGGAUGAUAAGACAAGUUCUUGAUAAUGGAAAGGUGGUUCACGGCGAAGUAGAUGUUACUAAGCUUGGAAUGCGAGAAAGAAGAGUGUUGAUGGAGAAUAUAUUGAAGGCUGUUGAAGAAGAUAAUGAAAACUUUCUUAAAAGACUUAGACAAAGAAUUGAUAGAGUGAAAAUUGAGAUUCCAAAGAUUGAAGUUCGAUAUGAACAAUUAUCAGUAGAAGGAGAUGUCUAUGUUGGAAGCAGAGCACUUCCUUCUUUGCUUAAUGUUGCCUUGAACAAAAUAGAGAGUGCUCUAGAAUUGCUUCGGGUUGUCCCAUCUAGAAAGAGAAAAAUACAGAUUCUUAAUGGGGUUAGUGGCAUUGUUAAACCAUCGAGAAUGACACUUCUUCUGGGUCCUCCGGGCGCUGGCAAAACCACAUUGUUGCUGGCACUUGCCGGGAAGCUUGACAGAGAUCUAAGGGCAUCUGGGAAGAUCACCUACUGUGGCCAUGAAUUAAAUGAGUUUGUUCCUCAGAGGACGUGUGCAUAUAUUAGUCAACAUGAUCUUCACCAUGGAGAGAUGACAGUGAGAGAGACAUUGGAUUUCUCUGGACGCUGUUUAGGUGUUGGCACAAGAUAUGAAUUACUGGCAGAACUUUCAAGAAGAGAGAAAGAAGGUGGAAUUAAACCAGAUUCUGAGAUUGAUGCAUUCAUGAAAGCCAUUUCUGUUGCAGGGCAAGAAACUAGUUUGGUUACUGAUUAUGCUCUCAAGAUUCUUGGCUUGGACAUAUGUGCUGAUAUUCUUGUCGGUGAUAUGAUGAGAAGGGGUAUUUCUGGUGGACAAAAGAAGCGUUUGACAACAGGUGAAAUGCUGGUUGGACCAGCAAAAGUUCUUCUAAUGGAUGAAAUAUCAACCGGAUUAGAUAGUUCAACCACUUUUCAAAUUUGUAAGUACAUGAAGCAAAUGGUUCACAUCAUGGAUAUAACCAUGAUUAUUUCGCUUCUACAGCCAGCACCAGAAACAUAUGAUCUGUUUGAUGACAUUAUCCUACUGUCCGAAGGCCAGAUUGUCUAUCAAGGUUCACGUGAGAAUGUUCUUGAAUUCUUUGAAUACAUGGGUUUCAAAUGCCCUGAUAGAAAAGGAGUAGCUGACUUUCUGCAAGAAGUAACCUCCAAGAAGGACCAGGAACAAUAUUGGUUCAGGAAGAACCAACCUUACAGAUUCGUUUCAGUGUCCAAUUUUGUACAAGGUUUUGGUUCCUUCCACCUUGGCCAACAACUUGCGUCAGAUCUCUGUGUUCCUUAUGAUAAAUCCAGAGUCCACCGUGCUGCCUUGGUGACAGACAAGUAUGGUAUUUCAGAUUGGGAACUGUUUAAGGCAUGUUUUGCAAGGGAAUGGCUGCUAAUAAAGCGCAAUUCAUUUGUUUAUAUUUUCAAGACUACCCAGAUAACAAUCAUGUCAAUAAUUGCCUUUACUGUGUUCUUUAGAACAGAAAUGCAAGCGGGUACUUUGCUUGGUGGAGGAAAGUAUCUUGGAGCAUUGUUCUUCAGUUUAAUAAAUGUGAUGUUUAAUGGGAUGGCAGAACUUGCAAUGACUAUUUUCAGGCUUCCUGUCUUUUUCAAACAAAGGGAUCACUUAUUCUUUCCUGCAUGGGCUUUUGCCUUACCUAUAUGGGUCCUCCGGAUCCCAUUGUCAUUUUUGGAAUCAGCAAUAUGGAUCAUUCUAACAUAUUACACAAUUGGUUUUGCUCCAGCUGCAAGCAGGUUUUUUCGACAGUUCUUGGCGUUCUUUGGCAUACAUCAGAUGGCUUUGUCCCUCUUUCGGUUCAUUGCUUCUGUUGGAAGAGUAGAGGUUGUCGCAAACACUUUGGGAACCUUCACAUUGCUACUGGUUUUUGUGCUUGGAGGAUUUAUUAUCGCAAAGAACGACAUUGAGCCAUGGAUGAUAUGGGGCUACUAUGUUUCUCCUAUGAUGUAUGGACAGAAUGCUAUAGUUGUGAACGAGUUCCUCGAUAAACGAUGGGACAUACCCAACAAAGAUCCCAAUAUUGAUGCACCUACAAUUGGGAAAGUACUUCUUAAAAGUAGAGGUUUCUUCACAGAUGAGUAUUGGUAUUGGAUUUGCAUCGGGGCACUAUUUGCUUUUUCUGUUCUAUUCAACAUCUUAUUUAUAGGAGCAUUGACUUAUUUAAAUCCUUUUGGCGAUUCAAAAUCCAUUGUUGUAGAGGAAAAUGGAGAUAAAAAGAAUCAAGAAAUAGAAGAAAUUCGGAUGACAUCAGAAGUUGUUGGGGUUGCUGAACCUAAAAGAGGAAUGAUUUUGCCCUUCAAACCCCUUUCACUUGCCUUCAACCAUGUGAACUACCAUGUGGAUAUGCCUUCUGAAAUGAAGAGUCAAGGAGUUGUAGAAGAUCGUCUACAGCUACUACGAGAUGUUAGUGGUGCUUUUAGACCUGGGAUUUUGACUGCACUAGUUGGGGUAAGUGGUGCGGGGAAGACAACUCUAAUGGAUGUAUUAGCGGGAAGAAAGACUGGCGGUUACAUUGAAGGAAGUAUUAACAUUUCUGGAUACCCAAAGAUGCAAGCCACAUUUGCUCGUGUGAGUGGUUAUUGUGAGCAAAAUGACAUUCAUUCACCACAUGUCACUGUGUAUGAGUCUAUCAUAUACUCAGCUUGGCUUCGCCUUUCUUCAAACAUAGAUAGAAAAACACGAAUGAUGUUUGUUGAAGAAGUUAUGGAUUUGGUAGAGCUGAAACCAUUAAGGGAUGCACUAGUUGGCGUGCCAGGAAUAGAUGGUCUUUCAACAGAACAAAGGAAGAGAUUGACAAUAGCUGUUGAGUUGGUUGCUAACCCCUCUAUUAUCUUCAUGGAUGAACCAACAACUGGCCUUGAUGCUAGAGCUGCUGCAAUUGUAAUGCGUACUGUGAGAAAUACAGUAGAUACGGGAAGAACUGUUGUGUGCACAAUUCACCAACCAAGCAUAGACAUUUUCGAAGCAUUUGAUGAGCUACUAUUGAUGAAAAGAGGAGGGCAAGUCAUUUAUGCUGGACCCCUUGGUCACCGUUCUCAGCACCUCAUAGAAUAUUUUGAGGCUAUACCAGGAGUUCCGAAAAUCAAGAAUGGAUCCAAUCCAGCAACGUGGAUGCUUGAGGUCACUUCUCCUUCGGUCGAGAGUCAUCUGGAUAUUGAAUUUUCUGAAAUUUAUGCCAACUCCUCUUUAUAUCAGAGGUGUCAAGAACUUAUUAAAGAGUGUAGUACCCCAGCUCCAGGUUCUGAAGACCUCUACUUUCCAACCAAAUAUUCGCAAUCUUUUAUUACUCAGUCCCAUGCUUGUUUCUGGAAACAGCAUUGGUCUUAUUGGAGAAACCCCCAAUAUAAUGCUGUCAGGCUCGUCUUGACAGUGAUCAUUGGUAUUUUGUUUGGCCUUAUCUUCUGGGACAAAGGACAAAAGACAACCAAACAACAAGAUCUGUUUAAUCUUUUAGGAGCCAUGUAUUGUGCUGUGUUUUUCCUUGGAGCUACCAAUGCUACUGCAGUACUGCCUAUUGUUUCUAUUGAGAGGACAGUUUUCUACCGUGAAAGAGCAGCCGGCAUGUAUUCUGCACUUCCUUACGCAUUUGCUCAGGUGGCUGUAGAGACAAUAUAUGUGACCGUUCAAACUAUUAUGUACACUCUUAUCCUUUACCCCAUGAUUGGAUUUGAGUGGCAAGUGGGAAAAUUUUUCUUGUUCUUCUACUUCAUGUUGAUGAGCUUUAUCUACUUCACACUUUAUGGAAUGAUGGUUGUCUCACUGACUCCAAACCAUCAAAUCUCUGCCAUACUUAUGUCUUUCUUCCUUACUUUCUGGAACUUGUUCUCCGGAUAUCUCCUUCCAAGAGUGCAAAUUCCUAUUUGGUGGAGGUGGUACUAUUGGCUUUCGCCUGUGGCAUGGACACUUUACGGUCUUGUCAGUUCUCAAGUAGGUAAAAAUGAUGAUCUUGUAGAGAUUCCUGGAGCUAAUUUGAAGAUAACAAUGAAGGAAUUGCUUAAAGAUGGUUGGGGAUUCGAUUAUGAUUUUCUUCCAAUUGUUGCUUUGGUUCAUAUUGGUUGGGUUCUCCUUUUCUUCUUUGUGUUUGCUUUUGGCAUCAGAUUCCUCAAUUAUCAAAAUAGAUAGCCAGCCUUGAGCCUACUUUCUAUAUAUUAUUACUCUAUACUUACUCAUACUGAAAGAGGAAACAAAAGAUUACCUCUUUUACCUCUUAUUUUUCAAUUUCCAAGUGUAUUGUGGCUCAUAUACCCAAUAGUAGUUUGGCAUAACACAGAAGUCAGAGGAGUUUGUAAGUCAGUCUCUGUAUCUGUUUAUACUAAAAUCAUUUGUGGCUAAAGGCCACUUCUUUGAA